UGCUAGGUUGCUCUUAUUUCCCCGAUCGCAGCUCGAAGUCACAGCAUCCGGCGGCUCGCAGCGGCGGGACAUCGCGGAGCUUCGCGCAGGCGGACUAGUGACUUCCACGCAAGACAGGCGACGCUGCCGGGAGACCAUGUCCGGGAAAAGAGUGGCGGUGAUUGGGGCGGGAGCGAGCGGGCUGGCUUGCAUCAAGUGCUGCCUGGAAGAGGGCUUGGAGCCCGUCUGCUUCGAAAGGACCGACGACAUCGGAGGUCUGUGGAGGUUCCAGGAAAGUCCUGACGAAGGAAGGGCCAGUAUCUACAAAUCCGUGAUCAUCAACACCUCCAAGGAGAUGAUGUGCUUCAGUGACUACCCCAUCCCGGACCACUUUCCUAACUUCAUGCACAACUCCCAGGUCCUGGAGUACUUCAGGAUGUAUGCCAAAGAAUUUGGUCUUCUGAAGUAUAUUCAGUUUAAGACCACUGUGUGCAGUGUGAAGAAGCGGCCUGAUUUCUCCACAUCGGGCCAAUGGGAGGUGCUGACUGAGUGCGAAGGGAAAAAGGAGAGUGCUGUCUUCGAUGGGGUCCUGGUUUGCACCGGCCAUCACACCAGUGCUCACCUGCCACUGGAAAGCUUCCCUGGGAUUGAGAAGUUCAAAGGGCAGUACUUGCACAGUCGAGACUAUAAGAACCCAGAGAAAUUCACUGGAAAGAGAGUCAUUGUCAUUGGCAUUGGGAAUUCUGGAGGGGACCUGGCUGUGGAGAUCAGCCACACAGCCAAGCAGGUCUUCCUCAGCACCAGGAGAGGGGCUUGGAUCAUGAAUCGUGUCGGCGACCAUGGAUAUCCUAUUGAUAUACUGCUGUCUUCUCGACUUAGUCAAUUUUUGAAGAAGAUUUGUGGUGAAACAAUAGCAAAUUCAUUUUUGGAAAGAAAGAUGAACCAAAGGUUUGACCAUGAAAUGUUUGGCCUGAAGCCUAAACACAGAGCUUUGAGUCAACAUCCAACAGUAAAUGAUGACCUGCCAAAUCGUAUCAUUUCUGGCUCUGUCAAGAUCAAAGGAAAUGUGAAGGAAUUCACAGAAACAGCUGCCAUCUUUGAGGAUGGCUCCAGGGAGGAUGACAUUGAUGCUGUUAUUUUUGCCACAGGCUAUAGCUUUUCCUUUCCUUUUCUUGAAGACUCUGUCAAAGUGGUGAAAAACAAGGUAUCUCUGUAUAAAAAGGUCUUCCCCCCUAACCUGGAAAGGCCAACUCUUGCAAUCAUAGGCUUGAUCCAGCCCCUGGGAGCCAUUAUGCCCAUUUCAGAGCUCCAAGCACGAUGGGCCACCCUAGUGUUUAAAGGGCUAAAGACUUUACCCUCACAAAGUGAAAUGAUGACAGAAAUAUCUCAGGUUCAAGAGAAAAUGGCAAAAAGGUAUGUGGAGAGCCAACGCCAUACCAUUCAGGGAGACUACAUAGAAACCAUGGAAGAAAUUGCUGAUUUGGUGGGGGUCAGGCCAAAUUUGCUGUCUCUGGCUUUCACCGACCCCAAGUUGGCAUUACAAUUACUUUUGGGACCCUGUACUCCAGUCCAUUACCGUCUCCAGGGCCGUGGAAAGUGGGAGGGAGCUCGAAAAACCAUCCUUACCGUAGAAGAUCGGAUCAGGAAGCCUCUGAUGACGAGAGUCACGGAAAGCAGUAACUCUGUGACCUCGAUGAUGACAAUGGGCAAGUUUAUGCUAGCUAUUGCUUUCUUAGCCAUAAUUGUGGUUUAUUUUUAGCUGUCCCUUUGUCAUUGCCUCUGCUUUCAUUGGGAAGCGUAACUUAGAGAGAAAUACCUUCCGAAUUUUACAAGAGGAAGUGACCCUCUUUCAAACUGCCCCAUUUCUCUCUUCAUUUUCCUACAAUGAAAUCCAGGCUUUUCAUUUGCACUAAUCAUCUCCUUGCCUCUCAUGACCCUUCACUUUUUCUCUCCAGAGCAGCUCGUGUACUCUCUUAGUCAUCUUUGUAUGUCCCUAGCAGAGUGGUUGACAUUUGGCAGGUGUUUAACCAAUGUUUGGUGUUGUGGCUCAACGUCUGUUUCUGUAUGGGAAAUGACUGACUCUGUGUAACUCUUCUUUGGAUGCAAUUUGGUUUUCCAUUAUUUUUGUCUUUAAUAUUAUAACAAAUGUAUGUUUCCUGAGAAAUAAGAUUAAUAAUGACCUUAAUAAUUGUAGACAAAUACAUACUUAAGAUAC